ACUCCGGCGGAUCUCCCGACAGCCACGGACUUGGAUAAGGACAAUGGCGAUAGUCAUUCAGAUCCUGGCAAUAGUGAUUUGCUUCCUUCCUGCGCCGUCUCGAGGGUUCGGAAUGGGACCACCUUUGGGCGCAUGCGUGGAUAUGUGGCCAAAAGCACAUGGAGCGGACUCGCAGACAUCGGAUCCGCCAUACACAAUCACCGUGAGCAAGGACACGUACACCCCCGGAGAGACCCUCACAGUGGUGGUGAAUACGACGAUAAACAAAGAUAUCAAGUUCUUUGAAGGUCUGUUGCUACAAGCCAGACGAGCAAACUGUUCACAUACACAUUUUGAGGAGGCGGUUGGAACCUUCAACCUUCCAGCGGAUGAAACAUUCCUCGGCCUACUUAAUUGCCAAGGAGGACGCAACAGUGCAGUGGGACACAUUGCACAUGCGCAUAUCGUAGAUAGAACCUUCACGUGGACAGCUCCGGAUGCGUCCGUUGGUCAUGUCUACUUCCGAGCCACAGUUGCUAGGAGACAGACGACAUUCUGGACUCAAGUGACGUCAGAUUUCGUCCGGGAUGUUUCAGAAUCCUCUUCUCCAAGUAUCUGUCCGAUACAAACCAAACGGUCGACUGACACCACGUGUACUAACUCGGCUUCAUUGAAGGAACCGUCACGUUGUUUAAUUCUUCUCGUUAUGAUGCUAUGGACAUCUCACUUCUGAAUCCGACAAAAGUGCAGUUGUCUUGUAAUGACUUUGGCCUGGAGAAGAACUGUUGUGAUGUUUGUAUUGAUGUUUAUGAUGAUGUGUCAUUUUUUUGUUUUAUUAUUUUAUUGUCUUUAAUGUGAAUGUAUACCUUUUCGUAGCUUUUUAAUGUCUUUAAAACUACCAGACAUAAUAUAAUAUUACGCUGCCAAAUCAUUGCUUUUGCAUAACACUAUUACCAUAUCAUCUCUGGGGACUUGAAUUUAUUGGUUUUCAAUCAAUUUCUAUUUCAUGGACACUGGUAUUCGUAGAUAACCAUAGAUCAUUGAGUCUACUUAUACUUAUUGUGAUCAGUGCGUGGAUAUAUUAAUGUCAUUGAAUGAAGGGCCUCGACAAAGAUAACUGUAAAUAAAUCCUCCACUAAAAGUUAAUUUUUUUACAGUUUGUUUCAGGGAUUCUGUGAGGCAGCUAACAUUUCAAAAAUGUCUCUGAUUAAACUGAUUUGAAGCCGUUGCCUAUCACCUUGGGAUAUGUAAAUUUAUGUAUUUCAAUAGAAUAAUAACGCAAAAUGCUAACUUUCGAUUAUGUCUACUUGUCGCCUCUUUCGUAUUAAUUUCAUUGGAGGAUUUCAACACGGAGCGAGAAAUGAGAAUAAAUUCAUUCAAAUGCAAACUAGAAUUAUAAUCUGGAAAUUUCAUUCCAGAAAUGCAAGCGUAUAGAAUGUUAUUGUUUAGGAAAAUGUACAAUUUACAUUGUUUUUCCGGUAUGUAUAAGUGGCACUAAUGCUACGCAAUAUAGUACAUGUCUAAUGGAAAAUGCAAAUAUUGAAUUAGAAUACUAUAUGUAUUUUACGAUCUUCCUAGAUUUUAUAUUUUCAAGGAAACCCGCUUUCAAGUUGAUUUUUUUGUUAAAAUGUAUCGUUCCUGUAGCAGAUUUAUUAAAAGAGUCAAUACAUUUGUACAUUUUAAUAACAUCAUACAUUACAGUACAAGUAUCUGGUUCUACUUUUUAAUAGCUUUCAGUUAUGGAUUAUGUCAUAGCACCAAAUAUUCGCCGUUGUAACCAGUAGUUAAUCAGACGAAUUAAUGUUAAAUGUGUUCCUGAUUAUGUUCAAGGUUUUAAAAACAAAAAAAGACAAAUCCCUUGUUGGUUGCUAAAAAUCUCUCCUGACAUUAAUCAUUUAUUGACAUCUAAACUAAACCUUGGAUAUGAUAUGAUUAAAUUCCAUCAUACUUGUAAUUGCCUAUAUAUUGUGUCAUAAACGUAGGAAACAAAAUCAUGUGAACUCUGAAAAAAAUAUUGCGCUACAUAUAUGUGGUAUCACCGCUCUCCAUCCAUGAAUGUAGAUCAAUGCAGUCAUAACACCAUUGGUAAAAACAAUUGAUAUUUCGUUCGUGUCUUGAUAAUAUAACAAUUUCUCAAUAAUAGCAGCAUUUUUUAUUCAACAAUGUUUUUCUUCGGUAUGUACAGUACAUAAAUGUAUAGAAAAUAAAUGCGAAAAGAAAGUAUAAACACUUUCAAAAACGUAAACAAGUAAAUGACAAAGAAAAAAGAAGGUGACACAGUUGCGAUAUAUACCACUUUUUAGUUUUAUACGAUACUUCGUAUUAAAAUUUAGAUUUAUGUUUUUCAUUGUGAAAUGAAGAUUUAAGUAGUGACUUCAUCAUUAUUCAAUUUCCUCACACAUAAACUGUUAAGGAAUACUUAUAUGCAGCUAGGGGGAUUGUUAGUAUGGAUAUAUUGUAAAUAACAUGUAUGUUGAUUCUAAAAUUAGGCUUAAGAUGUAUUUUGUAACAAGAAAUUAUUAAAUACUAAUGAAAA